CCCGUCCCCGUGCAAACUCCCCGUCCCCGUGCAAACUCCCCGUGCAAACCAAAGAUACUAGAAUAUUUGGUGCAAACCCCGGCGUCGUCAUGGAAGCGGAAGAGAGCGUGGGCCUGGUGGGCGCGGGGAGGAUGGCGCUCGCCAUCGCCACCGGCAUCCUGGCCGCAGGAAACGUCAAGCCUGAACAAAUAAUAGCUUCAGCCCCAUCAGACAACAACUUGUGCAAGUUCAAGGAAAUGGGAAUGCGGACCACACACGACAAUGGCAGCGUGGUGAAGAACUGUACCGUCCUCUUCCUGGCCGUCAAGCCUCACCUCCUGACCAACGUCCUGGUGAACAUCUGCCCGCUGGUCACACCAGCCCACCUGGUGGUGUCUGUGGCAGCCGGGGUCACGAUAGACACAUUGGAGAGCCUUCUACCGCAGGGCUGCAGGGUUCUGCGGAUGAUGCCCAACCUGCCCUGCACGGUACUGCAAGGUGCCAGUGUGUUCUGCCGCGGGACCCACGCCACAACGUCCGACGCCGACCUCCUGAAGGGCCUCGUCUCUGCCUGCGGCUUGUGCGAAGAAACGCCCGAGUCCUACAUCGACAUCCACACCGGGGUUAGCGGCAGCGGUGUGGCCUACGUGUACCUGUUUGCGGAGGCGCUGAUAGACGGGGCUGUGAAGAUGGGCAUGCCGUACGAGUUGUCCAAGAAGCUUGUGGCUCACACUCUGCUGGGAGCUGGGAAGAUGAUGCUGGAUUCUGGAGAGCACCCGGCCAAGUUGAAGAGUGACGUGUGUACGCCGGGCGGGACCACCGUGCACGGCCUGUACCAGCUGGAGAAGGGCAACCUCCGCAGCACCGUCAUGGAUGCAGUGGGGGCUGCCACCGACCAUGCCCGCGAGGUGGGCAAGCGCUUACAACCCCACCAGGGGCUGGGGCAACGUUGAGUAGGCUCUUCGAGCCAGCAUCGCCAUUCAAUAUGAUCAUGGCUGAUCAUCUACAAUCGCUACCCCGUUCCUGCUUUCUCCACAAAUCCCUUGCCUUCUUUCGCCCUAAGAGCUAAAUCUAACUCUGUCUUGAAAACAUCCAGUGAAUUGGCCUCCACUGCCUUGUGAGGCAGAGAAUUCCACAGAUUCACAACUCUCAGGGUGAAAAAGUUUUUUCUCAUCUCAGUCCUCAAUGGCUUACCCCUUUAUUCUUAAACUGUGACCCCUGGUUCUGGACUCUCCCAACAUCGGGAACAUGUUUCCUGCCUCUAGCGAGUCCAAACCCUUAAUAAUCUUAUAUGUUUCAAUAAGAUGCCCUCUUAUCCUUCUAAACUCCAGAGUGUACAAGCCCAGUCGCUCCAUUCUUUUGAAUUGGCUUCCACUGCCUUCAGUGGCAGAGAAUUCCACAGAUUCACAACUCUCUGGGUGAAAAAGUUUUUUCUCAUCUCAGUCCUUAAUGGCUUACCCCUUUAUUUUUAAACCGUGACCCCUGGUUCUGGACUCGCCCAACAUCGGGAACAUUUUUCCUGCACCUACCCUGUCUAAUCCCUUAACAUUUUUAUAUGUUUCUAUAAGAUCCUCUCUCAUCCUUCUAAAUUCCAGUGAAUACAAGCCCAGUGACCCAGCCUCAGGGUCUGGAGAAACGUUACACCCUGUGGCCCCCCAGGAGCCUACAACGCCUGGCCCUGUGGGCUCCAUCAUGUCUACAUCCCCUGGCCCUGUAGGCUCCACCAGGUCUGGCCCCGGGCUCCAGACCACCAGCUGCAUCCGAAUCUGUUGCAGAGCUGACGGAAAAUGCAACAAACUGCAGGCGCUGGUUUACAGUAAAGACACAAAGUGCUGGAGUAACUCAGCGGGUCAGGCAGCUUUUCUGCAAAACGUGGACAGGUGAUGUUUCAGGUUGGGACCCUUCUUCAGACUGAUUGUAGUCAGGCACAGAUAGCUGGAAGAGAGAGGAGUGGGGGUGGGGGGGUGCAGGACAAAGCCUGGCGAGUGAUAGGUGGAUACAGGUAUGGGGGAUUUGUGCACUCAUCUGUCAAAUCAACCACCCCCCCCCCCCCCCCUGUAUCGAUCCAUCACCAGGCUUUGUUCCCUCCCCACCCCACCCCACCCCUCC